UGUGAGUGAGAUCAAGUACUCAGAUUCUUGAUCAAUCUGAAAUUCUGAUAAUGGUGAGACAUUGCAUGCCUUCUAAAAGUCAAUUUAUAGAGAAUAAUGAAGUUCACCAACUCAAACAGUCAGCUUAAACAUUUUAAACUUUUUUGUUAAUCAAUGAUUGAAUUCCAAAACAGGUUGUCCUUUUCGAAACUCUCCAUAUAUUUUAUAGUGGGAACUCGGGAAAGAAGAUAAGUCCUGUUGUGGAACUGGUCAAUAGUCAAAGAAAACGAAAUGAUUACAUUAUUUUUGGAGUAGGUGAAUUCUGCCUAUGUAAUGGCCUUUUUGUAUAAUAUUGCUUAGAAAAUUUAGCUCCUUAAUUCUUGGCUUUAAUUGGAAGGUGAAAUUGGGUAAAUGUGGGUAAGAUCAUCUGAAUGGAAUUCACAUAUGAAAUCCCAAAUAAAACAGCUCAGUUGGGAUCUCAGAGACUAAGGGAAGGGAAAAUCAUCCAAUAAUUGACUGGCCGAUUCACUUUAUCCGGUUUUUGGACACUAACAUGGGGCUAUGAUUCGUUCAAGGCAUAUACCUCAUUAUUCUAUCUCAUGAGAAAAUGACCCUAGAAUUUCCAGCUCAUCACAAAUGAAAAUUCUCGAUUUCGACUACAACAAUUGCAUAAAACCAUUUAUGUUUAUUCGAAUUUGUCUUGGAAUUUAGCACUUGCCGAUUCUAUGAUUACUAUAAAAUUUGACUAGCUAGAGAUGUGCAAGGCCAUUGCCCACUCUGAUUGAUCUCUCAAACAUGGAAGAAGUGAAACUGCUUGGAAUGUGGCUGAGUCCUUACAGUUACAGGGUCAUUUGGGCUCUGAAACUCAAAGGCAUAGCAUAUGAAUACAUGGAAGAAGAUCUCUCCAAUAAGAGUCCUUUGCUUCUCCAAUGUAACCCGGUUCACAAGAAGAUACCCGUGCUAAUUCACGGUGGAAAACCGAUUUGCGAGUCCUCGGUUAUUCUUGAAUACAUUGAAGAGAUAUGGCCCCAGAAUUCCUUGCUGCCAUGUGAUCCAUAUGAGAGAGCCAUCGCCCGGUUUUGGAUCAAAUUUGCUGAUGAUAAGGGUCCAAUAGUAUGGAAAAUUUGUGGAACUAGAGGCGAAGAACGACAGAAAGUAAUUGAGGAGAGCUUGGAAAUGCUAAAAACCAUAGAAGAACAUGGCCUUGGAGACAAGAAAUUCUUCGGAGGAGACAAUAUCAGCAUGGUGGACAUAGCCUUUGGCGGACUCGCCUACUGGCCUGGAGUCAUUGAAAAGGUACUGGGCAGAAAUCUGCUGGAAGCCCACAAGUUUCCUCGCCUGCACGCAUGGACCAAGAAUUUCGAGGAAGUCCCCGAAGUCAAAGAAAACCUCCCUGACCUUGGUCGUUUGUUAAAGCGAGAGACAUAGAUUUUCGCUAGCAAUCGGAACAACAAGUACCAAAAAGAA